AUGCCGCCGCGAAAAAUACGCCAACAGACGGAUGACAAUAGUGAUUCUGGUGAUGAAAAGGUGGACGCAGUGCCCUCGCCAGCACCAGUGCUCAUGUCCGGGGAUCAGCUGUCCUCGCUCCUGGCCGCCUUCUCAAAGUCGCAGGCCGAGGCGAACCGACAACUCGUCGAGUCCCUGUGGGCAUCACAUGGUUUGGGAAGUGGAUCGAAGUUCACCACCCCGAUAGUGUCACCGUCCCCGACGCCAACAAGUAACAUGGCUAAAUGCACCGCGCGUUUUGAUGGCGUCGCUCGCCAUCCGGAGGCCGUUGAAGCGUUUAUCGACUCUGUGGAGGUGUACAAGGAGUGUGCGUGCGUCUCCGACGAUAUCGCAUUGCGUGGACUACCAAUGCUCAUGGAAGGCGAAGCAGCCAUAUGGUGGAGAGGGGUCCGGAACGAAGUGUCCUCGUGGCCCGACGCUCUCAAAAGGUUACGAGCUAUGUAUGGUGUACCACGCCCUGCACAUAAAGUUUUUCGUGACGUGUUUUCGUCUGAGCAAGGUGAUGAGCUUGCUGACAGUUUCAUAGUGAGGAUACGUGCUAUGCUGUCCAGAUUGCCGUACCAGCUACCAGAGGAAGCCAGGUUAGACAUAAUCUACGGUCUACUUCAUAAACGGAUAAGGAAAAGACUACCGAGAGAUGGUGUGAGCGACAUAGAAACACUCAUAGAGAAGUCGCGCAUGGUGGAGGAGUCACUUGUGGAGUGCACGGCUGCCCUCAACAUUCCGCCGCAGCCACACAAGUCGUUACCUACGGUGUUCAGCGAACGCAGCUCCGCGCCUGACGUGACAAGUAUUCACAUUGUAAUGAUAAACAUUUUGUAA